GUUCUCUCUGUUCUCUCCUCAGCUGAGCUGCUUGGUAGGGUUUUCUCUCUUUGUUUUGCCUCUAUCUUUCUCAACGGAAACGGUGUUUACGCUCGUAAGAGUGUGUAGGAGGAAGGAAGUGAGGGUUUGAUGGACGCGUACGCGCUACAUUUGGCGGUGGCGGCUCUGGUGGGAGCCUCGGUGGUGGCCGUUUCGGCGUAUUAUAUGCACCGGAAAACCCUAACGCAGUUGCUGGAGUUCGCGAAGACGGUGGAGAGGGACAGGGAGAGGGAGGAUAACUCGGACCUCGACUCGCCGCAGCACCAGAAGAAGCGGCGUGGGCACCACACGCGCCGGAAGGGGAGCGGAUACUACAGGCGCAGCUCCGCUUCGCUUCCGGAUGUCACUAAGAUCGCCGGAGGAGUCGACGGCGGUGUCGAGGAGCGGCGCAGCAACGGUCCCCUCAACGUGGAUGGGAUUCCGGUCGGGUUGCCGAGGCUGCACACGCUCCCGGAAGGGAAAUCUUCUGGGCUUGCAAGUUCAACUAAGAGAAGUAGUUCUCUUCUCAGACCAACUUCUCCCAAGUCUCCUGUUGCAAGUGCCAGUGCCUUUGAGAGUGUAGAAGGAUCUGAUGAUGAAGAUAACAUGACUGACAAUGCUAAACUAGAUAUAACGUAUCUGCAUACGAAUGGAAAUGCUGGGCCAGAGAGUAAAACCCUAUAUGAGAAUUUACCAGACCACAUUAAGGCCAGUGGUGAGCAGAUGCCUAUUGCUGCCUCCAGUAUGAUUCGAUCCCAUAGCGUGUCUGGUGACCUACAUGGUGUUCAACCUGACCCAAUUGCAGCUGAUAUUCUCAGGAAAGAGCCAGAACAAGAAACUUUUGCCCGACUUAAAAUAGCCCCUACUGAGGUGCCAUCAUCCGAUGAAGUGGAGGCCUAUAUUGUUCUUCAAGAAUGCCUUGAAUUGCGAAAAAGAUAUGUUUUCAGGGAAGCAGCGGCUCCAUGGGACAAAGAGGUUAUAUCUGAUCCCAGUACUCCAAAGCCUAAUCUUGAGCCAUUCUCUUAUAUUCCUGAGGGAAAGUCUGAUCAUUACUUUGAGAUGCAAGAUGGGGUCAUUCAUGUCUAUGGAAAUAAAGAUUCGAAAGAAGAGCUUUUCCCUGUUGCCGAUGCGACAGCCUUUUUCACUGACCUGCAUCACAUACUUCGAGUUAUUGCAGCAGGGAAUAUUAGAACUCUAUGCCAUCAUCGGCUGAAUCUUCUGGAACAAAAAUUCAAUCUUCAUUUGAUGCUUAAUGCGGAUAGAGAAUUUCUUGCUCAGAAAAGUGCUCCACAUCGUGACUUCUAUAAUGUCCGGAAAGUUGAUACACAUGUUCAUCACUCGGCAUGCAUGAACCAGAAACAUCUUUUAAGGUUUAUAAAGUCAAAGCUGAGGAAGGAGCCUGAUGAGGUUGUGAUAUUUCGAGAUGGGACAUAUCUGACCUUGAAAGAAGUAUUUGAGAGCUUGGAUCUAACUGGGUAUGAUCUGAAUGUUGACCUUUUGGAUGUUCAUGCAGACAAGAGUACUUUUCAUCGCUUUGAUAAGUUCAAUCUUAAGUAUAACCCUUGUGGUCAAAGUAGGCUCAGGGAGAUUUUCCUUAAGCAAGAUAAUCUCAUCCAAGGUCGUUUCCUUGCUGAGCUGACAAAGCAAGUGUUUUCUGAUCUUGCUGCGAGUAAAUAUCAGAUGGCUGAAUACAGAGUAUCAAUAUAUGGUAGGAAGCAAAGUGAGUGGGAUCAAAUGGCUAGUUGGAUAGUGAAUAAUGAAUUGUACAGUGAGAAUGUUGUUUGGCUGAUUCAGCUUCCACGAUUGUACAAUGUGUACAAGGAAAUGGGAAUUGUUACAUCAUUUCAGAACAUUCUUGACAAUAUCUUUAUUCCACUAUUUGAGGUUACUGUGGAUCCAGAUUCACAUCCUCAGUUGCAUGUUUUCUUGAAGCAGGUUGUUGGAUUGGACUUGGUGGAUGAUGAAAGUAAGCCUGAAAGACGCCCCACAAAACACAUGCCCACACCGGCCCAGUGGACCAAUGUAUUCAAUCCGGCAUUUUCAUACUAUGUGUAUUACUGUUAUGCUAACCUCUACACGCUAAACAAGCUUCGUGAAUCAAAAGACAUGACAACAAUAAAAUUCCGUCCACAUUCUGGAGAGGCUGGUGAUAUCGACCACCUUGCGGCAACCUUUCUUACAGCUCAUAAUAUUGCACAUGGAAUCAAUUUGAGAAAAUCGCCUGUACUUCAAUAUCUGUAUUAUCUAGCGCAGAUUGGUCUGGCUAUGUCUCCACUGAGCAACAAUUCCUUAUUUUUGGACUAUCAUCGGAAUCCAUUUCCUAUGUUUUUCCUACGGGGUCUCAAUGUUUCUCUUUCUACUGAUGAUCCUCUGCAAAUACACUUAACAAAAGAACCUUUGGUGGAAGAAUAUAGCAUAGCUGCUUCUGUGUGGAAGCUCAGUUCGUGUGAUCUAUGCGAGAUUGCCCGUAAUUCAGUCUACCAAUCAGGAUUCUCGCAUGCCUUGAAGUCGCACUGGAUUGGGAAAGAGUACUUCAAGAGAGGACCGAAUGGAAACGACAUUCACAGAACUAAUGUGCCUCAUAUUCGUUUGGAAUUCCGUGACACGAUCUGGAGAGAGGAGAUGCAACAGGUUUAUCUGGGCAAGGCCAUUAUCCCUCAAGAAGUGGAAAAGUGAUGUGCAAGCAGGCAAGGAAAUCUGAGUUCUGCUUAUUUGUUGGGGGCAAGGAACUUACUUUGCACUUGCUCAUCCUGCAUGAAAGAGAGAGUAUAUAUAAUUCUGGCAUGCAAGCUGAAAUUUGGCUAUAGCUGAAGCAGCUUGCGAACAGAAGUUAAACGUGAUCUGAAGACAACGGAGCCAUCUGAUGGCGCAUUCACAAAUUAUAAUAUAUUAUCUAAUGGCGCCAUUGUCUGAGGCAGAUUCUCACUCUGGAAUAUAUCCUAUAGCAGUAAGGUGUCCAUCUCUCCUCUGAGCAAAUAAUGGCAGUGAUAUUUUGUAGUAACUCCGUAGGUUAUAACUAGAACUAGAUAAUCAUAGGGUUUUUCUUAUUUUGAACGUUGCAGCUAGUUAUAUGUAAAACGCUACAAUGUAAUGCUUUCCCAUGGCAAGAAGGGAAAGUAGUCUCUUGCCCUAUUAAAUUUUGGCUCUUAUAUCUUUAUAAAUGUGGUCAUUUCUCAUAUCUCAUGGAGAGAAACGGAACGGAACAAUAAAUCGAUGUUUUGCAGUCGGUUAUAAAUAAGAUGAACUGUCCUCUAGUGUC